AUGGGCGGUGGAUAUAUCGACCAUAUACAUCAUGUAGAGCCGUUCCUCGGGGCUUCACUGGCAUCUAAAGCCGAUCUUCUGAGACUAAGAGCAGCGACAGCUGCAGACCGUGGAGAUGACGGAGAUAUGGAAGAUUUCCGGUGGCUGGUAGAAGCAUUGGCCAGAAAGGGUGAAAUGCUUCCACAAUUAAAUCAGAAAGAAGCUGAUGAUAUAAUUAAUACUGGAAAAUGCAUGGAUCCGCUAGAUCAGUUGGUUUUGGUUGCUGUUAUGGGUAUUAACAAUCAAAAAGCUGCUUUGAUGCUGCUUGGUAUAUGA